UGGUUGUUAGGCUUGUACUACUUGAUAUUAUCCAUCAUGUCUGGAAAGGACAUCUGUAUUUUCUUGGUCUUUACCUUGGCUGUUCUUGAAAAGAGUUGGUCUCAAAACAACACGGUUAACUACACCAUAGUAACACCACUCCAGAACACAACACUCAUCAGUUCAACACUCCAAGACACAACACUCAUCAGUUCGACACUCCAAACUACAACACUCAUCAGUUCAACACUCCAAGACACAACAACCAUAAGUUCUACAUUUCAAGACACAACAGUCAGGAGUACAACACACAACGUUGCAAAAACCAGUAUUACAUUCCAAGUCAACAGCGCAACAACGCUCAACGGCACAACUGAUCUGGGGUGCCAAAAUGGGGUCUCCAUACAUGGAUUUUGUCUCUGUUCAUAUGAUUGGAGUGGAUCCAUCUGCAAUAUUCCAAAUUUCUGCCCUGAACAAAGACCCACAGAAACAAACAACUUUACCUUCCCCAAAACUGUCCUGGGCCAGUUUGCUUCCUCUACAGAUCUAUGUCCUAUGGAAACACAAAAUGCUGGGAUUCCAAAGGGAUCAGCCCUCUGUAACAUAACCACUCGCACGUUUGAUGAUCCAAAUAUUCUAAACUGUGAUUUGACCUUAGAAAACGUCUUUAAAACGAUUUCUGGAGCUUCUUUAACAGAAAAAAUUCGUUUGGCUUCCAGCACCCAAAUCCUCACAUCCAAGCCAGAAAAUCUAACUCCUCAAAAGAUCGAAAACGCAGUGAAGAUAGCCAACAUUCUGCUCUCUGCUGUUAGCUCCCAAGAAUCAAUGGAUAUUGCUGUGUCUACAGUAGCUGUGGUCAGUCAACUCAUGAACACCAAUCAUCUGAAGUUCUCUCACAUCGACCAAGAGGCUAUUUCUGAACUAACAAGGACUCUGCAGAAAGUUUCAGUGCUCGAGAACUUGAACACAUUCCUGGUGCAGCCAAAUUUGGCAGUGCAAUCUUUUAAGGGGACAAGUCCCAUUCAACGAGUGCAGUUAACCUUGUUUAAGGGCAAGUACACAACAAUUUAA